AUGGGAAUUUCCGAGCCAAAAAAAGUUCCUACUCGAUCCCGAAUUAAGUACCGUCAAGAUCAGCUGGAGACUUUGGAGGAAUCGUUCCGUUCACACCAGUACCCAGACUCUGAGAGUAUCGAGAACCUGGCAGAGAAAGUGGGCGUGUCGUCAGAGAGAGUGGCGAUUUGGUUUCAGAACAGACGCGCUAAGUUCAAGCGCGAAUCUAAAGACGCUCAGAUGAACUGGAUGAGGAAACAGUUCUACACAACGAAUCAAGACGUCCCCGUGACAUCAGAGAAUAAUUCACAUCUCAUUUCCUGUAGCCCACCCGAGAUGCAUGGAGAAAGUCGACUGCAGCCCGACCGUCUUCCAUCGAAAAAUUUCCACUAUUUACCGAACUCUUUGGCGGCCCGUUCGGACGACGGAAACUCGUCUUUCUCCUCCGGAGCUUCUUCGUCACCAAGUCCACCAACAGUGAUGAUGACGUCACCAUCACCUUACUCCAUACCACAAAGACAAAACAUUACAGAGUACCCGUCAUCUUAUCCAGCCUUUUACCCACAAUACAUCUCGGACUAUCAACAGUCGUACUUCCGGCACUAUGCUCCUCCCCAACCCUUGAUGCCAGUCAACCAAAUGCAUUUGCCGUACACGUCAGGGUAUCAAAUGAUGACGCUCCAAUGACGUCACUAGGAAAUUUAUUUCAUAAUGACAUUGACUGAAUAUGAAUUAUUAUAAAUUAUGUACAUACUUGAUCGACCGUUGUAAAUGUGCUACUCUGAUAUAAAGAAAUUAGAAUAAAACAAUUAUUUUAUUAUGUCUUGUUGUGUUAUAUACCGGUAUU